GACGCACUAAUGAUACCAAGUCAUAUUGUUAUUAUCUUGUUUUUAUGUAUUUUAUUUGUAACAUCCUUGAAUCCUUGUAAUCCUUAUCAUAUUGAACCUUGAAUUAAAUAAAAAAAUGAUUAUUUAUUCAUUAGAAAUAUAAAGGUUUGAUAAGUGAUUUGUUAUUAAAUGAUAAGUUAUUAUUGAUAUAUUUGUAUAGUUUUACAGCUUUAUACUAAAAAAUUGUUCAAGUUGAGUUUUUUAUUUGAUUAUAUUAAAUAUUUCAAAAUUUAUAACCGAUGGCUUUGAAAACAGUUGUUGUUACUGGUUUUGGACUUUUCCGUGACUACACAAUGAAUCCAAGUUGGGAAAUUGCUCAAAAAUUGCAUACAACUGGUAUUAUUGAAGAAUUAAACAUUAAUUUGAUUACAACCUGUAUUCCAGUAUGUUACAAGGAUGUAGAUCAGAUUGUACCGUUAUUGUGGUUCCAACAUGAGCCUGCAGUAAGUUGUAUUCUGUAUACAGGGUGAUUUUUAUUAUCAUGGACCAGCAAUUAUCUUAGAGGAUUUUAAGUGAUUUGGUUUCUAUUUUUUCUAAUCAUUAUGAAAUCUUUUAAGCUUUAUUUAAAAUCCUCUGAGAUAAUUGUUGGUUCAUGGUAACAAAAACCACCCUUUAUGUACUUGUUGGUAAAAUUAUUUUAGUAGUUGCCUAUUGUGGCAUAUUAUAUACAUUUUAGCUAAUGGUUCAUUUAGGAGUUUCACAUUUAAGUAAAAAAUUGACUAUCGAGUUAAUUGCUAAUGGCCAUGGUUAUUGUAAAACAGAUAUUAAUGGAGACUUUCCCGAUAAUGAGUGUCUAGCUUAUAAUGAACUUAAAACAGGCUUGAAAGUGGAAUGUACUGAUGAAUUAGAUGUUUGUACAUCUCAGGAUGCAGGAAGGUAAUUAUGGGUUUUGAGCAUUUUUGUCAAUAUUAUUCAUAUUAUAUUAUGUAUUAUACCAAUACAGGUAUUUGUGUGAGUAUAUUUAUUUUAAAUCAUUGUGCAUUAAUAAAAAUCAAACAAUAUUUAUUCAUGUACCAAUCCUGGAUGAAAAUAACACAGCCAAAAAACUUGCUGAGAACCUUAAAUGUAUUAUUAAAAAAUUACUAGAACAAGUAACGAAAUGAAAUUUUUUUUUUUAAAUUUGGGUAGGUACUUUUAAAUAAACUGUGAUUUAAUAUUUAAAUUGUGUUUCUAUUGAAUUUAAUUUUACAUUGUUCAGAUUUUAAUAUUAUUACAUUCAUUUUUUGAAUUUGAAUUGUAAUUUUGAAUUAAUAUGGAUUAAUUUAAACAAUACAUUUAAUUUAUUACAUAAUUUAUCUUAUUGCAAAAAUAUAUGAAGUACCUAGAACAUAUAGUGUAUAAGUGACAUUUUAAAAAAAAUCUGAGUUAAAACCACAGGUGAACUUAAAAUAUUCAAUUUUAUUUUGUGGUAAAGAAAUAUAAGAAAAUUAUUCGUGAUGAGCAGUGAUCUGGUAUCAAAUAGAUAUUAGAUCAUACUAAAAUAUUACUAAAAUGAAAAUAUAAUAACAUUCAUAACAUAUUAGAGGUAAACAGGUACAAGGGUCCAUAACAGCUGUACAUACUCUUGUGUCUUUACUGCCAAGUGGCUAAAAAUUGUUUUGUUUCAUUCAAAAAAAAAAGAUAAUAUGAUAGUAUGCUAUAAUUAUAUCAAAUAAUUUUAAACUUGAUUUUCUCGAAAUCAAUAAAAUGUCACUUAUACCUCUUGUGUUCGUAUAAUAUUAAACAUAAUUCUUUAAUGAGUAAUUAUCAAUUUUGAUUUUUAUUUGUAAAUCCGUAUUGAAAUUUAAAUUGUAUUUAAUUUUUUAGAUUUUUCAUUUGUUAAUUGUUUAUAUAUCCGUAUAAUUGUUUUCUUGUUUAUUUUUGUAUUAUACAGGUAAUAAAUUGUAUUCUUCAAAAAUUAUGUUUUACUAAAACAGCAAAGUAUUUAUAAUUUUUAGUUUUAGAUAUUGAGUAUAGUCAUUGUUUUACUUAAAUAAAUGAAUUUAUUUAUUGUUUACAUAAUAAUUAAUCAUAAUUAUAAUUUUUAAUUAUUGACUAUGUUUUUUCUUAAAACUUUUAUAUUUCGGAAACCUAGAUAAGUCAAACAGAUUGCAUUUCCCUUGAAUUUCGACUUAUCAAGAUUCUACUGCAUAAUAAAAAUAUUGAAUUGAACAAAAAUUAUUUCAACUGCAGAUUAUUA